AUGCGCAACAGACAAGGUGGGGGCCUCGGACUCCUCCAGGACACGCAGCUCAUCGAGACCCUCGCUCAUUCUUCUCGCAAGAGAAUCCCAGAGCGCGUUGUUCAUGCCAAAGCUGUGGGGGUAUACGGAGAGUUCGAAGCCACCGCCGACUGCUCCGACCUGACAUCCGCCAGCUUCCUCAACAAAGCUGGCAAGAUGACUCCUGUUCUCCUUCGAGUCUCCACUGUUGGCCCGGAAUCAGGCUCUGCUGAUACUUCGCGAGAUGUCCAUGGCUGGGAAAUGAAACUAUAUACAGAUGAAGGCAACCUAGACUGGGUUUUCAACAACACCGUGAGCAGAUCUUAA